AUCGCCCCUCGAUAAACUUAGGACGCCGCGACCGGACCGGCGGCAGGGCUUUAGUGCGCCUGGAUAAGCGAAAUAAGGGACAUCGUGUGUUUAUUUCCCACUGUAAUGUGGGAAACUCUUUUCUUCCAGAAAAUCAACGACAGGGCGGAUUUGUACGGAUUUGUCUUAUUUGGGAUUUUGUCUUUGGAGCAAGUGAAGACUUAAACGGAAAAUCAAAUUGGCUCGCCAGCAGGGUGUCAGGAUGUGGGAGUGAAGAUGUUGGGCGUGUUCUUGCUGAUGCUGGGCGUGUGUGGCGCUCAGGCCCGGGCCGGCCCAGAUAACAGCUCCGACGGGUCCAGAGAUUACUGCUACAGCGCCCGCAUCCGCAGCACUGUGCUCCAGGGCCUGCCCUUCGGAGGAGUGCCCACCGUGCUCGCCCUCGACUUCAUGUGCUUCCUGGUCCUGCUCUUUGUGUUCUCCAUCCUGCGGAAGGUGGCCUGGGACUACGGCCGCUUGGCCCUGGUGACCGACGCAGACAGGCAGAAGCAGUGGAGCAGUGGGUUGGAGGAGAGGGAGUAUGUGGCCUCCGCUCUGCACUCUGAGACACCGGACCGGUACGAACGCCUCACCUCCGUCUCCAGCUCUGUGGACUUCGACCAAAGAGACAACGGCUUCUGUUCCUGGUUGACAGCCAUCUUCAGGAUAAAGGAUGAGGAGAUUCGGGAGAAGUGUGGAGAGGACGCGGUGCACUACCUGUCCUUCCAGCGACACAUCAUCGGCCUGCUGGUGGUGGUGGGAGUGCUGAGCGUGGGCAUCGUCCUGCCCGUCAACUUCUCUGGAGACCUGCUGGAAAACAAUGCGUACAGUUUUGGAAGAACGACUAUAGCAAACCUGAAAUCAGGGAAUAACCUGCUGUGGCUACACACCUCGUUUGCGUUUAUGUACCUGCUGCUCACCGUCUACAGCAUGAGACGACACACGUCAAAGAUGCACUACAAGGAGGACGACCUGGUAAAACGUACUUUAUUCAUCAACGGAAUCUCCAAAUACGCGGAAGAAGCCCACAUAAAGCAGCACUUUGAACAGGCCUAUGAGAACUGCACGGUGCUGGAAGCUAGAGUCUGCUACAACGUGGCCAAGCUGAUGUCCUUGAAUGCAGAGAGGAAGAAGGCAGAGCGCAGUAAGAAGUUCUUCACAGACCUGAUGACGAAGGAGCACAUCCCCACCAUGAUCAACCCCAAACCCUGCGGCCACCUGUGCUGCUGCAUCAUCAAGGGCUGUGAGGAGGAGGAGGCAGUGAGUUACUACACUAAGCUGGAGGCCAAGUUGAAGGAGGAGUACAGGAAGGAGAAGGAGAAGGUCAACACCAAACCCCUCGGCAUGGCCUUCGUCACCUUCCAGAACGAGGCCAUGACGGCGAUAAUCCUGAAGGACUUUAACGCGUGUCAGUGGCAGGGCUGCUACUGCCGGCAGGACCCCAAAACCUCUCAGCACAGCGACCCCCUGCACGUCUGCACCUGGAGUGUGGGCUACGCCCCAGACCCACAGAACGUGCGCUGGGAGCACCUGUCUCUGGGCGGCCUCCGCUGGUGGCUGCGCUGCUUCAUCAUCAAUGUCAUCCUCUUCCUCCUGCUCUUCUUCCUCACCACGCCCGCCAUCAUCAUCUCCACCAUGGACAAGUUCAACGUCACCAAGCCUGUGGAGUACCUGAAUAACCCCAUCAUCACGCAGUUUUUCCCCACCCUGCUGCUGUGGGCCUUCUCCGCCCUGCUGCCCACCAUCGUGUAUUACUCCGCUUUCUUUGAGGCCCACUGGACCAGGUCCGGGGAGAACAGGACCACCAUGCAUAAGUGCUACACCUUCCUGAUCUUCAUGGUGCUGCUGCUGCCAUCCCUGGGCCUCAGCAGCCUGGAUGUGUUCUUCCGCUGGCUGUUCGAUAAAAAGUUCUUGGACGAUGCCACUGUCAGAUUUGAGUGCGUCUUCCUCCCGGAUAACGGGGCGUUCUUCGUGAACUACGUCAUUGCCUCGGCGUUCAUCGGGAAUGCCAUGGAUCUGCUGCGGAUCCCGGGGCUGCUGAUGUACAUGAUCCGCCUCUGCCUGGCCCGCUCCGCCGCCGAGAGACGCAACGUCAAGCGCCACCAGGCUUACGAGUUCCAGUUUGGCGCUGCCUACGCCUGGAUGAUGUGUGUGUUCACCGUGGUGAUGACCUACAGCAUCACCUGCCCCAUCAUCGUCCCCUUCGGUCUGAUGUACAUGUUGCUGAAGCACCUGGUGGACAGGUAUAACAUGUACUACGCCUACCUUCCCUCCAAACUGGACAAGAAGAUCCACUCUGGAGCUGUCAAUCAAGUGGUGGCUGCGCCCAUCCUGUGCCUGUUCUGGCUGCUGUUCUUCUCCACCAUGCGCACAGGCUUUGAGACACCAACGUCCAUGUUCACGUUUGUGGUUCUGAUCAUCACCAUCGUGGUGUGCCUGUCACACGUCUGCUUCGGCCAUUUUAAAUACCUCAGCGCCCACAACUACAAGAUCGAUGCCAAGGAUGGCGAGGCGGUGGAAAAUGGCCGCCCAGCACGAUCCUCACCAUCAAACAAGUCACAGCAGCAGAUGUACAUUGCCCAGGUGCUACAGGAUCCUGUGUCUGAGGAGGGUGGAUCAGGCAGUGGGGAGGAAGACGGUCAGGGGUCCUCGCAGGACGAGGAGAUGAUCAACGCGGGGAACAGCCUGAAUGAGGGUGACUUCCAGUCCGGGGAGGACAGCCUCAUCGCCAACGAGGUGCGCCACUAGCGCCCCCUACAGGCAGGAGGAGAGGGGUGGGGAGACAGCACGCUAAUGCUAACCGCUAACGUUAAACCACAGAACCAACGCAAUACCUGCACAUCUCUCCGCUUCCGUCUGCGCGUCUAGCAAACACUGUUCUUCAUCACCCACCAAGGGCUCCUCUUCCUCCUCCUCCUCCUCCUCCUCCUCCUCUCGGAAUCCCAGCGCACAAUCGCACAGCGCAGCCUGGGGAGGCAGGGCCUGUUAGGGAACUCCCCUUCGGCACCACCCCCCAGGACUGACUCACACACCUCAUCCCUACGAUGUGAAUCCUGAGUCUGCAGUGACAGGAAGUCCCUCUGCAGCCCAUCCUGCAGUGACAGGAAGUCCCUCUGCAGCCCAUCCUGCAGUGACAGGAAGUCCCUCUGCAGACCUUCCUGCAGUGACAGGAAGUCCCUCUGCAGCCCAUCCUGCAGUGACAGGAAGUCCCUCUGCAGCCCAUCCUGCAGUGACAGGAAGUCCCUCUGCAGCCCAUCCUGCAGUGACAGGAAGUCCCUCUGCAGACCUUCCUGUUCCUGGCACUCCGACUGUAGCACACACCUGAAAUUGCCCACAAGCCCCUGGGAGGCCAGAGACUGAUCCUGCAGCACCAGCUGUACUGAACUACAGGGCCCAUGAUGCCAUGGGCUGGUAAAAUGGCCGCCAUCCCAAACCAUCCGUCUGUGUGCCCCAGUGUCCCUGACCCCGCCAUCAGGCGUCACGACCCCUGACCGCACCCUGGCUGGCUCCUCCUCCGAUUGGCUGCUUGUGUUCAUGGAUAAUUGAGUUUUUCUGUAUUAUUUAUAUUCAUAAACGCUUUAUUGUGACGUUUCCCAAAGGAGCUGCUGAAGACUGUUUGUUUCACCGUGUUUUAUUUUUUCAGAAGAUUAAUCUGCCAUGUUUACACCGUGUUUACACCGUGUUUACACCAUGUUUACACCGUGUUUACACCGUGUUUGAAAGACAGUGUUCUAUGUGCGCAAGCUGGCAGCGGAACAUGACGGUGGCCCUCGCUGGGCGUGGCCUGCACGGGCGCCCCUGAUUGGACAGGUUAUGGAGCGGUGGAGGGGAGGGCACCUGCUGUGGAACUCUGGGAACUAUGGGGAGGCGUCUGAGUUCAGCUGUAGAGGCUUGAACCCUGCACACACCUCUACACACACCUGUACACACACCUCUACACACCUCUACACACACCUUUAGACACACUACACACACCUCUACACACACCUCUACAUACACCUCUACACACACCUUUAGACACACUGCACACACCUCUACACACACCUCUACAUACACCUCUACACACACCUUUAGACACACUACACACACACCUCUACACACACCUCUACACACACCUUUAGACACACUGCACACACCUCUACACACACUAAACACACCUCUACACACACCUUUAGACACACUACACACACCUCUACACACACCUCUACAUACACCUCUACACACACCUUUAGACACACUACACACACCUCUACACACACCUCUACAUACACCUGUACACACACCUUUAGACACACUACACACACACCUCUACACACCUCUACACACACCUUUAGACACACUGCACACACCUCUACACACCUCUACACACACCUUUAGACACACUGCACACACCUCUACACACACCUUUAGACACACUACACACACCUCUACACACACCUUUAGACACACUACACACACCUCUACACACACCUUUAGACACACUACACACACAUCUCUACACACACUAAACACACCUCUACACACACACUACACACACCUUUAGACACACUACAUACACAUCUCUACACACACCUUUAGACACACUACAUACACAUCUCUACACACAUCUCUACACACACUACACACACCAAUACACACACCAUACACACACUACACACACCUUUAGACACACUACAUACACACCUCUGCACACACUACACACACACUACACACACACCACACCUGCACACAUCUUCCCUGGCUGGUGGUUUGUGUGCUUCUCUGUGGCGACUCCUUUAAAAGAUAAGAAUGACACUGUCUUGUGUUUUAAUAUUAGUAACCAUAAGGACAGAAAGAAAACAAACAAAACAAUCAUUUUUUGUUGUUGCUUGUUGUCUUUUUUACUUUCACCUCUAUUACCUUAAUUGGUGUGUACAGUAUAUACCACUGGAGUGGAUUAACCUCGUUCUCACUCUUGUCUUAGGUUGAGAAACAUAGUUUGCAUUUAAAUUUCUGGCUUUAUUCUGUGACACUUUAUUUGGGGAAUUGUAGAAAGAUUCAGCAAUAGUUCUGGAGAUACAGUCUCCUCCAAAAGUAUUUGGACAGCAAGGCCAACUUCUUUGUUUUUGCAAUACACUGAAUACCUUUAGGGUUGAGAUAAAAAGAUGAACAUGAGACAAAUUUCAGCUUUUAUUUGGUAUUUACACCUAGAUGUGUGUAACUACUUUAAACACAACACCUUUGGUAUCAGAGCAAAAGGUGAGCAAAAGUAUUGGAACAUUAAGUAUUUAAGUAAAUGAAAGUAAAUAACACUUAAUAUUUGGUAGCAUAUCCCUUGCUAGGAGCAAAUGCAUUAAGACUGCUACCAUCAUGAGUUACAUUAUCAAUAAAGAUUAGUGAGCCCACUCCAGAAGCAGCCAUGCAAGCCCAAGCCAUGACACUUCCUCCACUGUACUACACAGAUGAGCUUGUAUGUUUUGGAUCAUGAGCAGAUCCCUUCUUUCUCCACACUUUGGCCUUUCCAAGGUUACAUUACAUUACAGUAAUGGUAUUCGGCAGACGCUCUUAAGGUUAAUCUUGGUCUCAUCAGUCUAUAAAACCUUGUUCCAGAACUUGUGUGGCUUGUGUGGCUCAUCUCUGUACUUUUUUGCAAAUUGUAAUCUCACCUUCCGACUCUUACUACUGAUGAGUGGUUGGCAUCUUGUGGCAUAGCCUCUAUGUUGCUGCUCUCUGAGUCUUCUUCAAACGGUUGAUUGAGACACCUUCACCCCGGCCCUGUUGUUGUGAUGUGACUGACUGAUGUUUUGGGGUUUUUGAUUAAGUUUCUAACACAAAUGCAAUCUUCACAGGCAAAGCCCAAGGCUAAAAGAGUAGACAUUCAGAACUAUUUAUUGUUUAACCAAUCAAUCUAACAGGACCCACCCGGGCAACAAGAAACACCUGUCAGUCAAUACUUUUGCUCACCUAAAAUAUGGUGGUCUGAUACGAAAGGCGAUAUGUUCUAAGUUAUUUAACAAAUAUUUAACAAAUUUAACAUGCACAUCUUUUCAGCUCAAACUCAAUUGUCUUCACUAUAUAGCAAAAACAAAGGAAUUGACCUUGCUGUUGCAAUACCUUUGGAUGAGACUGUAUGUCUCAGGGGCAAAUGUAGUUUAAUGGGCCCACAUUAUGGCUGAAAUGACUUUUUCAUUUUAAGUUGCAGAAUGUGUCCGUGUCCUCAUGUGUGGUUUCAUAGCAAAAUUAAGAGGCAGCAUCUUGCCAAUUACGCGUCUGCUGCUUUUCUUUCUUUUCUUUUCUUAAAUGAUCCUGGUUUCCAUGUACAGAAGUUACAAUGGAAUUUUCUCAUGAUAUUCCCGUGAAUAAUGUUUGUGCACACCUAGAACCCGCAGUAUUCUGAAUGUAUAGUCUGGUUUUAGAAGUGACGUGGAUACCGUUGGAUUCCGAGCUGCAUUCUCAUUCCUCAGCGCCAUCUGUAGAAGCUCGUUUCCGAAGAUGGCGUCCACUGAAGCUUAAUUAGGUGUCCCGACAGGAAAGUACAGUAGUUUUUGUCCUACGGCAUCUCUAGACUGUGUGUAGUAGUUUUAAACAGAAUUACAAACUUGUGUGACAAAUCCCUUCAGCAGAUGCCUGUUCUCUGUAAGUAUACAAUAUAAUUUCUUUCAAGAAAAAGGGAAACCUCGAGCUAAACGGAGAAACCGAGGCCAGGAAGUGUUUUACAGUUCUGUUUUCGCAGACUACUCCGUGGUCAGUUUGAAUGCGUCUUUGCUGUACUUAGUCAUGUCUCCAACACCUCCUGCUAAUCUCGUUCAUUAGUGUUAAUGUAGCCAAUGUGAUGUCCUGCCGCUGUUCGCGGGAAUGGCGGUUAUUUCAAACCUACGAUCAAUAAUUUUAAUAUUACUGGCUUUUGAAAUAACCAGUACCUGUGAUUAACACGUAUGUUCUGUCCAUCUUACGCCUGGCGAUAUUUAGCUGCGUUCUUGGUGAAAAGGAAGCACACCGGCGAGAUUUCAAUUAAAAAGCAAGUGCCAUUUGAAGUUUGCCGACUUGGAAAGAAAUUAGUAUUGAGAUCGAUACCGGUUCUCUUUUUCUAUUUCGGACGGAUAAGCGGUUCCGCCGCUUGCUACGGUAGAAACAUUAACGGAGGAGUGCAGUCUUGUGAAAGGCUUGUAGACUAUCUGGUAGAAUGCGCUGUUUGCUUUUUUAGUCUUACGUUUUGAAAGGAGACUGAUUUGUAAGGAUGAUGGUGUCGAUUUGGGUUCCGAAAUGCAAUAUUGAAAUGAAGAACUACUUAUUUUACAAUCGUAUUGCAGAGAUCUUAUUCAGAGUGAGAUGAAUAAUUGUUGUUGUUUUUUUGUUCGUUUUUUUAGCACUGCCUGAUCCAAGAACAGACUCAGGUUUCCUUUCCUGUACAGACCUGUUUAGCAUUAGUUUAGAAACGCACCCAUGUUUAAUAGCAGUGCACACUAACCAAGAAAGACACUGAAAGGUUAAAUGUUAAGUUAUCUUAAUUCUACACUGUUGGAUAUUGGACCUCUGGACCACAAAUACUUGGGCACACUCUCUUUCUCUCUCUCUCACACACACACACACACACACACACACACAUACAGAUGCCACACACGUACAUACAUCAGUGUGUCCAAAAUAAUAUCCAUUCAUGGUGUUUUGAGAGUUAACUCACUGGAGCAAAAUUAUUAUUGAAUAAAAGUCAUAAACAGCCACCGGCUCCAGGCAUGUUGAGAAUGAAAUGUAUUUCUGUAAAGAACAGCAGUUGCAGCAUUAUUGCCUACAGACAGAGGUUUUGUAAAUUGUCAUCAAUUAAAUAACCAGAUAAUUGUUCUGUCAGAUACAGGAGUUUGCAUGGGAUUGGCUUGACCAGUCAAGACCAGCAUAGGUGCAAAUAUGAAAUAUUUUUGUAUAUAGCCUUCAGAAACUGCACUAUCAUCAUGGAGCGGUGGUGGUGCGGUCUUAUUGAGUACAUAUGUACAGUUUUAUGUAGGUGACGGACAGGGAGGAUCAAUGAAUAUGUACAGUUCAGUCACUCCAGUUUUUUAAAUCGAAUAUUCACUGGCCGUUUUUCCUCUGUCAUUGCAGGUAUGUUGUGUUUAAUAUGAUCUUGCAGUUUUGUUUGGUUGUAUUUUUUAUUAUUAAUUUUUGCGCGUCUCUGUAUGAGUGAAGUAUUUGACUUUUUUAAGUUUCUUGAACAAUAAAAGUCAAUAUUCAUCCUUAA